UACUUAAUCACACUCUAAAGACAAUUGAUUUAUGCACGCUCUAGCCGUGAUUCUUUAUUUAUUGACUAUUUUCCUUCCCUACAACAUCUAGUAGCUAGAAAGUAUUGUUCUUUUUCUGUUCCAUUUCUGUAUCAGGUGUACUGGUGCAACUGGACACUGAGCUACAUUGCAAAGGCAAGGCAUGAGCAACAACAACAACAACGGUUCCGAUGAUACCAGUAGUAUUGAGUCCUGGUCGCCCACCAUCAAGUCACGAUGGCGAUUUUCCAUGGAUGAACAGCAUAUCCUGGAGACAAACUACCAGCACGCGCCGAAUCCCAAACAAGACACGAUUGAUCGGUUAGCACGCACACUCCAAUGUCCAAAGAAGACUGUUACGACGUGGUUUCAGAACAGGCGCGCCAAACAAAAGAGACAACGGACGUUGCUGCAGCAGGAGGAAAGCUAUUACCACCAACAGCAAUCUGAUCAACAGCAGCAGCAGCAGUUACUACUGUUACAGCAACAGGAGCAGCGGUAUCAGCAUUCAGUUGCUAUUGAUUAUCAUAACCAGUGGUUACAGGAGCAGAACAGCAUGGCGAUGCUCCAUGAAGAACCAAUGCUACUUACGCCGCCGCCACUGCCUGAUACCAGCCAGGACUUGUAUCAGUAUUCAGCGACCCAACAACAACAGCAACAAGGAAUGGUGGCAGCCAUACUGACACAGCAGCAGCAGCAGCAGCAGCAGCAGCAGCAGCAGCAACAAGCUCAACAGCUGCUACAACAGGAUGAAGCUGCAUGUUUGUAUUGCCCCAUGCACGCUGCACAGUACUACUACCAUUACUACGACGCAGCAUCGACUGUUCCGAUUGGCAACUCAAAUUGUUGGCCCUCUUGCUACUGUUACUGCGCAACUAACAAUGCUGUGGAUAACGCCAACCUCAUCAACAGUAGCAACAGUAGUAGCAGCAAUAAAAGCGUUCAAGACCCAUCACCGUUUACCUUUCAAGCGCAAUAGUUGAUAGAAAACUAAAUCUCAAAAUUAAAAACCAGUUGUGUCCUUUUCUUCCAAUUAACAAAAGAUUUUCUUGUCAUGUAUGCAAAUUCUUUUUUGAAAGGUUCGUGUAAUGGUUUUACAGAUCUGUAACGUAUUAAGUAGAAGAGAAGACAAAAAAAGAGGAAAUAUCGAUUGCUGCGUGGGUGUGUAUGCUAUGUCCUUUUUGAUUCGAAUAGGUCUUUUUUUUUUUUGUUAUUUUUUGGUGUUGGUCUGAUUU